AAAUCUGCGAUGCCAUCUCCCAACAGAUGAAUGUGACAGGCGGCUGCCGGAGCCCGGAAAGCGAGAUUUACUUAACCCGCUCCCUGACUCAAGAAAUCGUCAUUUUUUUUUAAAACGACAUCUCCAUAAAAAGGAUAUCGAAUAACUGCGACCUUAAACGUGAGGCGCGCAUUCAACAGUGCGCGCUGCGCAGCUGAAGUAGCGGACCUGCUCAAAGCUGCACUGUUAAAUAAGGUGGAGCAGUGAGUGAAUCGAUCGACUGACGAGGACAACACGCCUCUUCAUCAUAGUCAUAAGCUUUAUCCAUUGGGACUGUUAGGAAAAUCGUGAGUUUUUGAGGAGUUUUCAAGAAAAUGUCAUUUUUACGCACAGAUCAAAAGAUGACGCGCAAUUCCAGCCAUGAACGCGCAUCGUGAGGCGCACGACUGAUACCUUGAUUUCAAAGGAAGUUUUUAUUAUUGUGCGUGUGUCUGCUGUCACUCAACUUUUACGUCCUUGCUUAGUGAAGCCAGAUGAGAAGGCAGAGCGGAGCGGAAGGUGGUUGACUUAACAUGGCUGAGCCGCUGGGGCAUCAGGGGGCGCUGGCUGGAGCUCCCCAACGCGCCUGAAUCCCAGUUGAGUUGAUUGUUUGGGGUCUGGCAGGUGACCAGAAGCCGAUAAUGCCGAAGAACAGGGAGAAAUUCAACCCGGACCCGUCCAUCCACAUAUCCAAGAUGAAUGUGAUCAUCCCGUUUUCAUCAGAUGUGCCUUGUGACAGCAACGGCCAGCGGAUGUGGUGGGCUUUCCUCGCCUCCUCCAUGGUCACUUUCUUCGGGGGUCUCUUCAUAAUCCUACUGUGGAGAACUCUCAAAUACCUGUGGACUGUGUGCUGCCACUGUAACGCCAAGAAGAAGGAGGUCCAUCGGAUCACCACAGGCGAUGGCAUCAAGCGCACUGACAAGGAUGACCCGGCGGCCAGCGAGGUGGGCUGGAUGACCUCGGUCAAAGACUGGGCCGGAGUCAUGAUAUCUGCUCAGACACUGACUGGAAGAGUCCUGGUGGUGCUCGUAUUUGCUCUCAGCAUUGGAGCCCUUGUUAUAUACUUCAUAGAUUCCUCUGAUCCUAUUGAGUCCUGUCAGAACUUCUACAGCAACUUGACGUUGCAGAUCGAUAUGGCAUUCAACGUGUUCUUCUUGUUGUACUUCGGCCUCCGUUUUAUUGCUGCCAAUGACAAGCUGUGGUUCUGGUUGGAGGUGAACUCAGUGGUGGACUUCUUCACGGUUCCUCCGGUGUUUGUGUCUGUGUACCUGAACAGGAGCUGGCUCGGCUUGAGGUUUUUAAGGGCCUUAAGGUUGAUACAGUUCUCAGAAAUUUUACAGUUUUUGAAUAUACUAAAGACAAGCAACUCGAUAAAGCUGGUGAAUCUGUGUUCAAUCUUCAUAAGCACAUGGCUAACUGCAGCAGGCUUCAUUCAUUUGGUGGAAAACUCAGGGGAUCCUUGGGAAAACUUCCAAAAUUCUCAGGCACUUUCCUACUGGGAAUGUGUCUACUUACUCAUGGUUACUAUGUCCACUGUUGGCUAUGGAGACGUUUAUGCAAAAACCACCCUGGGCCGCCUGUUUAUGGUCUUCUUCAUCCUUGGUGGUUUGGCCAUGUUUGCGAGCUACGUCCCUGAAAUCAUAGAGUUAAUAGGAAACCGCAAGAAAUAUGGUGGUUCCUAUAGUGCUGUUAAUGGGAGAAAGCACAUCGUGGUCUGUGGUCAUAUAACACUUGAGAGUGUGUCCAACUUUCUAAAAGACUUCCUACACAAGGACAGGGAUGAUGUCAAUGUAGAAAUUGUUUUUCUCCAUAAUAUUUCCCCUAAUCUUGAGCUGGAAGCCUUGUUCAAGCGACACUUCACCCAGGUGGAGUUUUACCAAGGGUCUGUCCUAAACCCACACGACCUGGCCAGAGUCAAGAUCGAAUCAGCUGAUGCCUGUUUGAUCUUAGCCAACAAAUACUGUGCUGACCCUGAUGCUGAGGAUGCAUCCAACAUCAUGAGGGUAAUAUCUAUCAAGAACUACCAUCCAAAGAUCAGAAUAAUCACUCAAAUGUUGCAGUACCACAAUAAGGCCCACCUUUUGAACAUCCCAAGCUGGACCUGGAAGGAGGGAGAUGACGCCAUUUGUCUUGCAGAGCUGAAGCUCGGCUUCAUUGCCCAGAGCUGCCUGGCUCAGGGCCUCUCCACCAUGCUGGCCAACCUUUUCUCCAUGAGGUCCUUCAUCAAGAUUGAGGAGGACACUUGGCAGAAGUAUUACCUAGAAGGAGUAUCCAAUGAGAUGUACACUGAGUACCUGUCGAGUGCCUUUGUGGGCUUGUCCUUCCCUGUUAUUUGCGAGCUCUGCUAUGUGAAGCUAAAGCUACUACUGAUAGCUAUAGAGUACAAGUCUGAUCAAAGGGAAAGCAGCACACUGAUAAACCCUGGAAACCACGUGAAAAUGCAAGAGGGGACCUUGGGCUUCUUCAUUGCCAGUGAUGCCAAAGAAGUAAAGAGGGCGCUGUUUUACUGUAAAGCCUGCCACGAUGAUAUUACUGAUCCCAAAAGGAUAAAGAAAUGUGGAUGCAAGAAAUGUUGCUCAGCAGUAAACAACGGUCCCCUAAUCCAGUCGUCAACUUAUCAAUACAAGUCAGCUAAACUGAACCACAACUCGGCCACCGAGGUCUGUAGGGGGCCCCGUAGCAGAGUUGCUGCUUUGUCGGUCCCGCUGGUAAACAACCGCAAGGGAAGCCUGCUGCCCCCCGCUGAGCCCUCUGCUCUGAGACUGAGCCUCAUGGGCUCCGGGGACCUGGGCCAGGUGGGGCAGCUACCAGGGGUGGCAGAAGAGGCCAGCCAGCUCCAGCGGGCACGUAGCCUUCCGGUGAAAUACAGAUACCACCCCAGUCACUCCAAUAACGCCACACUCAGUCACAGGCAUUUUGAAGAGGACCAACAGUUGGCGUUAUCGCCUAAAAAAAAGCAACGAAACGGAGGCAUGAGAAAUUCUCCAAACUCCUCACCCAAGAUAAUGAGACAUGACCCGCUCCUCAUCCCCGGGAACGAGCAGAUUGAGAGCAUGGACGAGAAUGUAAAGAAAUAUGACUCCACAGGGAUGUUUCACUGGUGCUCGUCCAAAGACAUCGAGAAGGUCAUCUUGACCCGGAGUGAGGCAGCCAUGACUGUUCUGAGCGGUCACGUGGUCGUGUGCAUAUUUGGAGAUGUGAAAUCCGCGUUGAUCGGUCUCCGAAACUUCGUCAUGCCUCUGAGAGCGAGCAACUUUCACUACCAUGAGCUGAAGCACAUCGUGUUUGUCGGCUCCCUUGAGUAUCUGAAGCGGGAAUGGGAGACUCUUCACAAUUUUCCAAAGGUCUCCAUUCUACCAGGCACACCGUUGAGUCGGGCAGAUCUGAGGGCUGUCAACAUCAACCUCUGCGACAUGUGUGUCAUUCUGUCAGCCAAUCAGAACAAUAUUGACGAUGCAUCACUGCAGGACAAAGAAUGCAUCUUGGCGUCACUCAACAUCAAAUCCAUGCUGUUUGACGACAGCAUCGGGGUCUUGCAGGCUAAUUCCCAAGGCUUCACACCACCAGGGAUGGAUAGAUCCUCUCCUGAAAACAGCCCAGUCCAUGGAUUAGUAAGGCAGACUUCUGUCACAACUGGAGCAAAUAUUCCCAUCAUAACAGAACUAGCGCCAUUAGCAAAGCCAGGCAAAAAACUGCCAGUGAUUUCAUUCAGUCAGGAUAAAAGCAGUGGGACCAGCAUACAAAUAAUAACUGAGCUGGUGAAUGACUCGAACGUUCAGUUCCUGGACCAAGAUGAUGAUGACGACCCAGACACAGAGUUAUACCUCACUCAGCCUUUUGCCUGUGGGACAGCCUUCGCAGUCAGUGUGCUGGAUUCUUUAAUGAGUGCUACAUACUUCAAUGAUAAUAUCCUCACUUUGAUCCGGACGCUGGUAACAGGCGGGGCGACACCGGAGCUGGAGGGGCUGCUGGCAGAGGAGAAUGCAUUACGGGGCGGCUACAGCACACCACAGACCCUGGCAAACAGGGACAGGUGUCGUGUGGCACAGCUGGCCUUGUACGACGGGCCCUUUGCCGACCUUGGGGAUGGUGGUUGUUAUGGUGACCUGUUUUGUAAAGCCCUAAAAACAUACAACAUGCUGUGCUUUGGUAUCUAUCGGUUAAGAGACGCACAUCUAAACAGUCAAAGCCAAUGUACCAAACGGUAUGUCAUAACCAAUCCACCAUAUGCGUUUGAGCUGGUGCCCUCAGACCUGAUAUUCUGCCUAAUGCAGUUUGACCACAACGCUGGCCAGUCUCGAACCAGCCUCUCCCACUCUUCACAUUCGUCCCAUUCCUCCAGCAAAAAGAGCUCCUCCGUCCACUCAGUCCAAACCACCAACCGCACCAACCGCACCAAAAGCAGGGACUCACGAGACAAACAAAAUGCAUCAAGGAUGAAUAGAGUGGGCCAAGAAAAGACAUGGUUUACAGAUGAGCCAGAGAAUACCCACCUGAGGACCAUACAGAUCAAGCCUGUGAAUACUCUCGCCAUCAACCAAGUCAGUCAGUAUAAAUCCACAAGCAGCUUGAUUCCACCCAUCAGAGAAGCAGAAGACGAGUGCUGAGCUCCAGAACCGCACUGACACCUGAACGCUUGGACUCCCAGAAGACUUAUCGUGUAGGUGUCAGACUGGGACUCGGAUAUCUUCUCAUCUGCAAACCACAAAUCAUCACUUGACAUUAGAAGAGACAAACCAUACUGCUUUCCUCAUUCAUCUCUGCAGCAAGCUUAUUGUACAAGCCGAUUUAGAAUCAUACAUGAAAUAUACAUGAAGACAAUCAUAGUCAAACAUUGCAACCACUCAACUAUUAGUUUGCAUAGCUAAUUUUUAGUGGUGACCAGACUCCAUGACUUUUUUUGUUCCAUUUUGGGGAAUGAGGGUCACUUGAAGGAGAACAGCAAUGUAAAAAUUCACACUACUACUCCUAAAAGAGCGGAUUAUUAUGAUAACUGGAUCAAGUUUUGCAAUUGUAAAAGUUGCCUUUUUAGCUGUUGAUGAACAACUACUACUACUGCAUUUACUAUACCCAGUGUUGCAGAGUUAUUCUGUACAGUAUGUUAAAAUGUGUAUUUUACAUCCAGCUGCAAUCCCACCACAAUGGCAUUGUUAGUGACUGACUCUCAGUGAUUCCUUUGCCAUUUGGAGCUAAUUCACAACAUUUGUGACAGCUAAGAUGGCCAGUGUCCAUGUGUAAAUGGCAUUUGGCUCCAGCCUUAUCUCUACCCAUUUAUAUUUGUCUUAUCUUUGCCUUUUUGAGUCGUUUGUUAUAUAUGUUUUCAUGUCGCUGUUAGGUUGCAAUGUCCAAAACCCCAGAAAUCUUAAUAAGUAAAGCUUUUAAGUAUCUGCAAAGUUUCUCCAGGGGUAAAACAUUAGGAAUAUUCUUUUUAUUUUCUUCUUUUAAUGUCAAUAGCCAAAUAUGAUAGAGCUGUUUUGUUGGCAACAUUAGAAUAUAACCAAAAAUGUCACACAGUUUCUAAUAGUGACAGAACUAUUCAUUUACUUAAGGCACCAUAGACAGCAAAGCCAAACGCUAUAAUAUAGCAUGGCGCCAUAUUAUAAGGUUGUAGGUUAGUUGAAUGUGAAAGCCACAUAUCGCAUGAAGUGGGCAUUUUUAAGUCCUCCUUUGGCUGUAAGCACUGCCUGACACAGGAUUGUCUUGGAGGCCAUUAAGCGCUUAUAUGUACUCCAUGACCAAUCUUAAUCAUUAUUUGACAUGUUAAUGCUUUUUUUGUAGAUACUUAAAAAACAGCUCUAUCAUAAAAAGUUAUUUUGGCUAUUUUGUUUGUAAACCAUCUUGGUGAUCAAUAUCAUAUCCAUUAUAUUCAUAAAAAAAAAACAAACAAACAAUGUCCACACAUCUAAUGAAGCACCGAUCAAUUGUUUCAGUUUAUAAGAGCAUGAGGCCAGUAUGCAGAGCUAAUAGUGGUUAUUAAUCUUGUCUUAUUUAAAUAAUACAGCAUAGCUAUAUUGGCACUGUUGUCACUUUACAUCAGAAUCAAUGAAGGAGAAAGAAAAGUAAAAAAAAAAAAAAAAACAACAACAACACAAGCAAUCCAUAAAAUCCUUAAUCCACAGAGGAUGCGUCACAGUCCAGCCAAGGAUUCAUCUUGGAUGUGAAAAGAGAGGUUGUGACAUUUUUACUGGCACAGAGAACAUCAAAACCACCCGUCUCUCAAUGCCAGUAAUGUGCCAGGCAGUGCUGAAGCCAACGGAGGACUCCAGAAGACCCACUGCUGCGAAAAGAGGCUUCUAGUUUAGCUGGAUUUAAGCAAAAUUUACUUUUGAGAGUGAGAAAUGUACUUUCCUUUUUGCUUUCCAUCUUGCCAGCUCAGAGACCAUUCUUUUAAAAACUUGUCGUUGAAUUUCUUAAUAUGAGGCUGUAAUUCCCUGGAGAUAACUAGAACUGUAGUGAAUAAUUUGAAGUCUUAAAACUAUUUUUAAAUGACACAUCGUCAACAGCAGAGUCUGCUGCAAUUCAUUUUUAUGUACUCUUCAAAGAAAUCUGUAAAGCUUAAUGUAAAAUAUUUAUUUUUAGUGUAUUCUUGUUUGACAGUACCUGUGGGGUUGAGAGACAUUCGGCAUUGCAGUCUACUUUGCAUUAUUUUGUGAUUUUUUUUUUAGCACAUUGACUUGUGUUUACAAUGACAGUGCUAAGUUGAUAUUUCUGACUAUGUCAUAAUACCCAGUAAUAAAUACAGUUUAUUGUCUUGUACAAAUAGGCUUGUACAUAAAUUGUACAUGAUUUCAUUUUGUAUUUUCACAAAUUAAAAGCUGAUGUAUUGUGUUCUACAGUA